AUGAUUGAAAUCUUACUGAAGGACGCAAAGCCCUACCCACCACCCGGAGACCGAGCCUCCAACCUAUUCUACAAAAUGCACCCGAGUCACUAUAUCAUCAACGAAUUCCGAGGUCACUUCGGUGGCAACUGUGGGGCCUGGCAUACCACGGAACCUUACAGCUUUGUGUUCGGACCGUCCCAGUACAUAAAUUCAGACCAACUGGCCCCAACCCUCGAAAGCCUACUCACAAACCUUCUCAAGUCCCGGGAACGCACUGCCUAUGAAAAGGCUAACAAGAUUGAUCGAAACAUCGUAUUCCUGACAUGGGACCCGACAUUGGAGCUAGAUACACUAGCACGUCUAGGCCUCGACUGGUUCUCGCGACCAAACAUCCAACUCUUUGAUCUCCAAAAGCACCAUAUGUUCGCAAAACAACAUGGCUGCCAUAAGGUCAUGGAUGCCAUCGGUCUCCGCUACAGAGACAACAGGCUCUUACGCGCCGGGGACAGACGCAAAGGAGGUCAUGACGUACUUCAUAACGGUGCAAACGACACAGUAUUUCAGAUCCAGAUUCUUCUCGCGCUUCAGUACAUGGAUCCCCAGUUGAAACCCAAAGUCUACGACAGGGUCAACUUUGGGCAACCACCCAUGACUCCUGUCACCACCUGGCUCGACUUCACUUGGAGAGGCAGCGUGCUGGACACGCUGAACGUGCCGCUAGUCGACCUCCGCACAGUCCCGGGAGAAACCAAAGAUCAUCAGCUCAGAGCCAGGACUGAUGCGCGGAUGAACGACAACAAUGUCCCCCAAGCUCCACCGCAGCCCAAGCCAGGGCGGAAUAAGAGGAUGCGUUAG